GCCGCAGACGACCUAAGGAAGAAAAGAUGCUGUCUCGUGUGGUGCGCGCCGGUGCGCGCUCGUUCGCGACCGACGCCAAGAAGGCCUCGGGCUCGGUGGGCCAGAUCACGCAGAUCAUUGGUGCCGUCGUGGAUGUCCAGUUCAAGGACAACCUGCCCCCCAUCCUGAACGCCCUGGAGAUCAAGACCCAGGACAACACGCGCAUCGUGCUCGAGGUCGCCCAGCACCUGGGUGAGAACACGGUCCGCACCAUCGCCAUGGAGGGCACGGACGGUCUCGUCCGCGGCCAGGAGUGCGUCGACACGGGCAACCCCAUCAUGGUCCCCGUGGGUCCCGAGACGCUCGGCCGUAUCAUGAACGUGAUCGGCGAGUCCGUGGACGAGCGCGGCCCCAUCAACGCCAAGCGUUACGCGCCCAUCCACACGUCGGCCCCGCUGCUGACGGAGCAGGGCUCUGGCGCCGAGAUCCUGGUGACGGGCAUGAAGGUCGUGGACCUGCUGGCCCCGUACGCCAAGGGUGGCAAGAUCGGUCUCUUCGGCGGUGCCGGUGUCGGCAAGACGGUCGUCAUCAUGGAGCUCAUUAACAACGUGGCCAACAACCACGGUGGUGUGUCGGUGUUCGCCGGCGUGGGCGAGCGCACCCGUGAGGGUAACGACCUGUACUACGAGAUGAUCGAGUCGGGUGUGAUCAAGAUCAACGAGGACGGCACGACCACCGGCUCCAAGGCCGCCCUGGUGUACGGCCAGAUGAACGAGCCCCCUGGAGCCCGUGCCCGCGUCGGCCUGACCGGUCUGACCGUCGCCGAGUACUUCCGUGACGUCGAGGGCCAGGACGUGCUGCUGUUCGUCGACAACAUUUUCCGCUUCACGCAGGCGUGCUCGGAGGUGUCGGCUCUGCUGGGCCGUAUCCCGUCCGCUGUGGGUUACCAGCCGACGCUGGCCACGGACCUGGGUGCUCUGCAGGAGCGUAUUACCUCGACCAAGAAGGGCUCCAUUACCUCGGUGCAGGCCAUUUACGUGCCCGCCGAUGACCUGACGGACCCGGCCCCGGCCACCACGUUCUCCCACCUGGACGCCACGACCGUGCUGUCGCGUCAGAUUUCCGAGCUCGGUAUCUACCCGGCCGUGGACCCCCUCGACUCCAAGUCGCGUAUGCUCGACCCCCGCAUUAUCGGCCAGGAGCACUACGACGUGGCCCGUGCCACCCAGAAGCUGCUGCAGGACUACAAGGGUCUGCAGGACAUUAUCGCCAUUCUGGGUAUGGACGAGCUGUCGGAGGACGACAAGCUCACCGUGGCUCGCGCCCGUAAGGUGCAGAAGUUCAUGUCGCAGCCGCUGCACGUGGCUGAGGUGUUCACGGGCAAGGCCGGCAAGUUCGUGCCGCUCGUCGACACGAUCUCGUCGUUCAAGGACAUCAUCGCCGGCAACUACGACGACCUUCCGGAGGCCGCCUUCUACAUGGUCGGUGGCAUCGAGGAGGUGAAGGCGAAGGCUGCUGAGCUGGCGGCCGAGCUCGACGAAUAAGUUACUCGGUUCGAUAUGCAGAGCGGAAAAGCAACCCAACUCCUUCCAGCGGAAGAAAGCGGCGUCUAGUGUGCGGCACGUGAGACCGGAAAUUGAAAAAGCAACAAAGUACUCGAGCAGGCCUCUGCGGUUUGUAAUUGGACUAGCUUUCUUUGUAUCUGCUGCUUCUCAUUUCAUUUCGACGUGAUGUGUACGAGCUCCAACCUUCUCCCAUAAAGCAAUGAAAAACAUAACUCAAACACUCCUGUCGUUCGUUGUUCAUUCAUUCCGCCAUGAAGCUACAGCUACGCUACGUCAAAACGUUCAAGAGUGCGUGGCGACUUGUUCAUUCACCGCUCGACACGUGUGGUCGAGGCGGAUCGUCGGACCCAAGGUGGUGGUUUCUGGCACAAAGUCGUGUUGCCGUGGUCUUGAGUCCUCACACUCUUCUGAUAAUCUACUGUGGCUUGUCGGCACUUGUCGAGACGCAGAAGUGCACAUGGACAGCAGCAGGUGUAUUGCUUCAGUUCAUAGUGGACCGAUCACCUACCUUUUCCAGCGGUGUGCACAGAACGAGCCUAGCCUACAGUACAGUCAUCAUUGAGAGACCCCGAACGCACGCGUCUUUUGCUGUUUCUCGAUUUAUGACGAUCACGAAUUGCGGCGCAACACAGAGGACAGUCCUUGGGCAGCUACACCACGCCACGCCACGCUCCUCUCUUCUAUUUUCUAAUCAUAUUCGAAGUCCUCAUCGAAGUCCUCGUCGUCGUCAUCGUCGUCCACAAUCUCGUCGUCGUCCUCGAGCUCCGCGGCCGCGAUGAUUUCUUCGUCGAUAGCCUUCCACUGCUCGGGCGUGGGCUCCGGGUACCGGGACAGGUACGGCAGCAAUGCCAGCUGACGCGAGAUCUUGAUGGCCUGAGCCACCUUGCGCUGCUGCUUGGCCGUGAGGCCUGUGAACCGGCGCGGGCGGAUGCGGCCCGUGGGGGAGAUGAACAGCCGCAGCAGGUCCACGUCCAGCGCCAGCUCCACGACGUCCGGGUGGUUAGCGGCCACGAAGUACUUCCACGGCUUGGUCUUGUCCUUCCGGAAGGGCUUCCUCUUCUCGGCAGGCAGCAUCCAGUUGAGCAUCUCGGGCGAGACGGCGUAGCCCUGCUGCCAGUGCUGGAACGGGUCGGCCACGUCCUCGUCCGCGUUCACGCCGAUCUGACUCUCCGCGAGGCUCAGGGACGCGUCGUAGCCCGGCAUCUCCACGUACAGGCGGUCGUCCUCCACGUCGCCCGUGUAGCUGCCUAGGGCCACGCCCUCCUCGUCGUCGUACUCGCCGUCCUGCGCCUCCUGGUCCCACUCGGCCACCUCGCGCUCGAACUUCUUGGCCCACUCGGCGGGGCUCAGCUCGGCGUCCUCAUCGCCGUCCUCGUCAUCGUCGUCGUCGUCGAACUCCUCGGCGAACUUGAGGUCGCUCUCGUCGAGCUGCUGACUCAGGUACUUGACCGCGUCCGGCAGCUCCGUCAGGUCCUCGUCGUCCUCCACCUUGUCGAACGUCGACUUCUUCUUGAAAUCUAGAAUAUAAUACAGUAGCAACAAAGGUUAGCACUGGUUUAUCUGGUUAUGCACUAGUGGUAAACCUGUUGCGUUGCGUUGCAACAGGUUAACACUAGCCUAAAAGGUUUGUGACUUUGGAUACGCACCCUUCUUGCCGUCGUCCUUGCCCUUGGUGGCCAUCGAGCGGACGCCGCCAAUCACAGACAGCGCAUCGUUGUGCACGGCCAAUGAGCGCGGGAGCUGCGCACGCAGCACGGCGGACUUGGCGCCAGGACCGGCACGACGACCCAGCGCUAAUGCAUUGAUACGCACGUUUAGAGAGAGAUCGGGUUAGGGAGUUCAGCACUAGCCUAAAAUUUAGCACCACUUAACCGCCGCAACACGCACCAGCGAUCGCAGACGCGCAGGGACGAAGCCACACGCGCACCAUCUUGACGUCUCUCGGAUGCUCCUCCACCGCUCGCUGCUCGGGGGUUUGCUUCUGUGGUUGACAGCGGAGCUGUUCGCCUAUCUCGUGUGGACCCCUCCACGAACGCGUCCAUUGGAUAAAAAUAUGGUGUUGCAAGUCUGUGUACACUACAUAAAAUACACACAAAAUGCACACAUCCAAGUUGAAGUUGGUUCAUAAUAAACCAGUACACUAGCGGCCACAGCGAAUGAAAAAGUAACUUCAGUCCUCCUGGCUCGCACUCGUGCGUCCGCAAACCAGGUCGUCCGUCAUCUAAAUGCAAUCGCCGUUCAUGAAAACCUAUCUGCCUGCCUGCCACCUCCUCUCUCUCAUGUGCUGCUGUUUCUCCCGCGCUCUGCGCGAGGAGUGUUGUGACAGGAUCGUCGCAAGCAGAGGACAGAGCUACACAGUCGCCGCCGCGCCGGAUCCGCCAGACUUUGCAGCGCGAGCGUCAUCCGGCCACAGCAGUAACAAUGGAGCCCUCGCCUCCUCUUGGUCGUCGUCCCCUCUCCUCCUUCCCCCUACUGCGAUCUUCGCUCUACCCCAUCUCCGCCCGCUUGGUCCAACUCGUUAUCAUUCGCUGCUAUAGUGUCCGCAGGCAAGCUCGUGCAAGGCGCUCGCCGCGAUCUGCUCUGCAAAAAGACGCAACUUAGGCCGUUGACGAUGGAGCCUUCGAUGCUGCCAUCGACUCUAUUUUCCGCCACUUCUCCUGCUCUUUGUCCUUCACGUCGGCCAUCGCUUGCUCCUUCAGCGAGUACUCCUUUGCACACUGGUCAUAAAGCGCCAUGUCGUAGUCCAUGUAGAGCUUCAGCACGUUCUGGGCGAGGCCUUCGACUGUCGUGUUCCAGUGUCCCAGCGAGUUUCUAUGGAGGGGGCCGUAAAUGACCGGCAGGAUCAGGUGCGCGUGC